CCGAGCGGCGUCUGUUGUAGUAUGUAAACUUUAUUCCUUAUAGAUCGCGCAGUUUGUAAAUGUAAAAGUUCGUAAGUCGUAAGUUGUUGCACGCUCAUUACAAAUGUUUUGAAUUCUUAUAAGUGUUAAUCAUUAUUGAUAUAGUCACCUUCCACAUGGUUCAAUUCAAAUUGCAAAAAUUAAUAUUGUAAAUCGGGAUAAUGAUUUUAAAAUUAUAUUUUCUUAAAAUCAAUUUAAAAUCAUCGAUUAUCAUGUAUGAUCGUCAACGAGAAGACUAAUACACAUCAAUAUGCGUAGCUUAGUAUGAUACUGUGGCCGAUUUUUUGCAUACUAUAUGGAUUUCAAACAGUGUGGGGUAUUUCUGCCAGCCAAGCUCCUGGUGACAUCACGGUCAUGUUCAUAAGUCCGACCACUGUCAAAGUAUCUUGGAAAAUAUCACUAAUAGGUAUUGAAAAAUAUGACGUCAUGUACAAACCAACCAACGCCAGUUACAGGGUAGUAGCGGAGAUAGCGGUCAAUUCCGAUUCCGUGACACUCGGUAACUUGAUGCCAAAUACACAAUACCAAGUAACUGUGACAGCAUUCAAAGCAGGUCGCCGAUUCCGUAGCAGACCAGUAAUAUUUAAAACACUUGAUAAAGGUGUGUCGUGGCCAGAUAUUCAACAUUCACAGAUGAAUACUAGUGGUGAUGUUGAUAUAUCACCACCGGAUGUUGUAGGUGGUGUUGGACAUUCAGUACCACCAGAAGGUUCUACUUCCCCUCCUUAUGUACAGGUGCGAGGAAUCGAAAUUACUAUUGUAGUGCUGGUCUUAAUGGUCUGGGUCGGCGCUAUAAUAAUGUUUUUCAACCGAUGGGGUAAAAUUAGGAUGCUUAUACCAUAUCAACCAGACUAUAAAGACACACAACUCAAAGUGCCCGGAACAGGUGCAUGUAAUACAACCAACUCGUGCCAAAACCCAACAGGACCAAGUUUUUGUUGUUCGCAGAGACACCUGAUGCGCUGCGGCCUGGCCGAUCCGCUGGACUGGCGCGUCCGGAACCUGUUGCGGUCCCGGUCCCGCGUCAACUCGGCCAUCUACAUCAGUCCCGUCUACCAGGACGCGCACGUCCGAAACGGCAUUUCGGUGAGGCCGAUACGGAAGGCCCAGAGCGCGGACUUCCUGCCCAAGUACGACUACAGCGGCUGGGCCAACUACCAGCAGUUCUCGUUGCCGCUGUCCUCCGGUCGCGGUGGCGGCGGCGUCUGUGGCGGCGGAGUCUGUGCCAGUGGCGUCUGCGCCAACGUCGUCAGUGCCGGCGGCGUCUGUGCCAGUGGCGUCUGCGCCAACGUCGUCAGUGCCGGCGGCGUCUGUGCCAGCGGCGUCUGCGCCAACGUCGUCAGUGCCGGCGGCGUGGAGAGCACCGUCCACCAGCGGCACAUGAAACAAUUCCAACUGCCCACCGUUUCCAUAUCCAUCGCGUCUGACUCGGAUAAGGCGCUCAACGAACUGCUCAUCUAAAAUAUGCACCCCAUCGGGUCGUACGCUCAUCGCAAUGCCGAUGCGACGAUCGUGUUCCGAUACGCACCGCGCCGGAUUUCCGUAAAUCUACGUUUUUACAUCGUGUACAUUUAUAAUAUCAUAAUAAUAUUACGUUAUAAAAUCAUACAUUAUUAUAUUGUUUCUUUCGUUUCGACGGCAAUCUGGGUACAAGACCUAUUCACACGAUAAUAGUCAUAUUAUACGGCUAACCAGUUUUAAUUAAUGUGUUUAACCCUGUUUACUUAACACUAUUCACACAAUAAUAAAACUAUACCCUGAAAAAUGUGCCUAUAAAGCAAGUGCCCUACAAUUUUGCAGCAAAAAUAAACGAUUAACGAUGACAAGUAAAUGUCGGCUGUUGCAUAUUGUUUUUAUGGAGUUGAUUUGUUAAUAUCGAAAAAAAUAAUAUUUGAAACGGCAUUAAUAAAAUAUAUUGGGUUGCAUAUUAUGUAUCCUAUAUACUGCGGAAAAUAGGACAUAUUCUACUACGAAAAUUACAUAAUACUCGCUAGUAUGAUUCCUUUAACCAGGUACAUUUUUGUAAUUUACGUGUACCUAAGAACUAUAGUACACAGUCUACCACACUAGAGAUAGCAUAAUAACUACUGUCGUGUGAAACAGGUUUAAGAUACCAUCGUAUCGAUACUUAUUGUAACUCGCUGUAUAGUCCGAUCUUCUAUAGUGUUAUAAUAUACAAACAGAAUAAAAAAUAUAUAGGUAAUGCUGCGUCGCCUGCGUAUCGUUUAUGUAUUAUAGUAAACUCUUGUCAUAUUGUGUCGAGGGGAACAAAAAUAAGUUCGAUUUAUUGAGUUUUAUUGUGAUGGUAAUAUUUUUCGAGGGGAUUUCAAUAUCGUGUUGGAUAUUGCGCAAAAUUAAGGUCGCGGCAUAAUAAUAUUAUAUUAUAUCUACUGCAUGACCAUCAGACCAGUCAGAGGUUGUCCGACACAUAAUAAUGGAUAAUAUUAUAGCGAUAAGCGUACGUAAAACAAUAUCGUGUAAUUGAGGUAGCCAGGUAGUCUGAGGUAGGUAAUGGAAUUAGUACUUAGUACUUUUGUUGUCGUGUUCCAAAACAACGUAAGUAAUUAGAGCAUUCCGUGUGUGAUAUCAGUAACAGCAUCUAAUAAACGAUAUCAUAAUACAAUACUCUUUUUUAAGUAAGUGUUAACAGUUAGUAGAUAGGUAGUCGUAUAAUAUGUUGUAGGUAUAAUUAGUAUGCAUUAUAAUAACAAUACGCAACCAUUAAUUAUAAAUUAUAAAAAUGGUAAGGCAUUAAUCAAUGCUAAAACACACAAACUAAAAUAUGUAUUUAAAGUCACAUCCUAAUCGCGUUACGUGUCAUAUAUAGUUUUAUUUCAUCUAUCUAAAACAAUUUAUCGUAAUAUUAGGUAGCUAUAUUCCAGGGUAGAUCACCCGAAACUAUUCAAUAAAAUGCUUUAAAUGGGAAAUUGUUAUAAAAUAUUUAAUUAGUUAGUGAAAUUUGACUUAACAGACAUCCUAUAAUUUAAUAUUAUGAUUAAAUUCAACAUGCAUAUUUUUCCACACUACGUACUUAUUAUUUAUUUAUUUAAAUUAAACAUUUAUAAAAAUAUAAUUUAUAUUCAAUUCCAAAUAGUAUUAAUUUUUUUGAAAAAAAAUUAGCUCUACACCCCUCAACAUUUUAGAUUGAUUAAUGCACGCGUGCUCGCGUGGCACAGGUACUCCUCGGUAAAAUUGCAAAAUGUUGAUCCACAACCUAUUCCACUCAUGAUGGAUUUAAAUAAUAUGUAUAUUGUAUACUUAAUUGUCUACUUAUAAGUUUGAUUUAUAGAACCAAUAUUUCAGAAAUAUAUUAUGUUUAGGAAUAACAAAAAUUUAAAAGGUUUGAUGUCCUUUAAAAAUGCAAAAACUUAAAAAAUUUGUUGAAAAACAUUGUUUUUUAAACUUAAAGGUAGGUAUACAAAAAAACGUAUUUUUGAGAUAAUGAAUGAGUGUCAAAAAAAAUUGCCAGUAUAUUAGGAUAAUGAAGAUACGUGAAUAUGAUGUGCAGUCUGUACUUAGGUAUUACGUCUUAUGCAAUUUCAUGUUUAUAUGAAAUCAAAUUUCUAAAUUCAAAAUAUAAAAAUCUUAAUAGGUAUCCUCCAUUAUGUUUGAAGUUGACUAGGUUUCCGGAAGGUUUCAAUUUAUCAGUACCUGGAACGUGUGUAAAUACUGUCUUGUUAUUAAAAUCGUUAUACGAGUAACAUGAGGUUUUGGAACAAAUCGUACAUAGUUUAAUGUAAAUAUAUUUUUUUACAAUUAAUUAUUGUUUAAUACAUUAUAAUAUUACUUUUUCUUACCUAGUAUUAAUUUAAAAUAAACCUUGAUCUCUAUCAAAGACCAAAGUAAUUUAUUUUAUUUCAUUGAUUAUAGUUAUUGAUAUUUAUUUUGAUUUACUUACAAAGUAUACUGUAUACACAUCAUCUCUUAUACGUAAGACUUAAAUCUACCUUUUUCAAACCCAUGUACUUACUUACGCCGAGGACAUUAUACAAAAUACAAAUAUAAGAUGAAAUAAGCCUGAAUAGUCUGAUAACAUAAUUAAUGAAAACAAAGUAAUAGAAUAUAUUUUUAAGAAAUAAUACAUUCGUUUUAAACGUUUUUCUAAAACCAACAAGAUAACAAAUAUAAUUAAUCUACCUAUAUCGGUCUAUCUACCAAUAUAUAUAUUAUCUACCAAUCAAUCCCCUUAGUAUGUAAAUCUUUUUUCCAAGUGUUUAAUAACAUCUAAGUAUUAAUUAUUAUUCAAAAUCAGUAAUCAGGUAUUCAUAAUAUUUUAUGUUUUAAAUUUAUUAUUGGUAUCAUAUUAUUAAUUGUUAUAUUCAUUGAUAUAUAAUACAUAAUAAUAUAAUAUAAUAUACUUUGUUUUGUUUAUUAAACUUACCUUCGACGAUAAGGGUCAUUAACUUCGUAACUGUUAUAAACCUAUAUUAUUAAUAAUAUAUUAUAUAGCUUUAAAUGUGUAUGACGUGUGUACCUAUGUGUGUUUUCAUUUAUUUUACAUAAUCGAAUAUCGAUAUUAAUAAUUUUAAGCAUAACAUCAAGCAUUUCACAUAAAAAUAGUUUAAAUAUUUUUAUGAAAUAUAAAUGAAUCAAAUCUAUUAUUAGCACAUAAUAUUAUAAGUAUCUAAUACCGAUGUAUUUGUAUCAAUGUAUAGAAUUAUAGCAUAUUAUGAAUAUAAUUAAUUUAAAGUAAAAACAAUUAAUCUGUCUUAUAGUUUAAUUUUAAUUAUUAAUUAUUAAAUUGAUAAGAUGUGAACUUCAGUUAGGUACCUAAACAUUUCGUAACAGUUAAUGGGAAUCUAGUAUCCGAUUGUUAUAUUAUAUAUUGAUAAAUAAAAUAUUUCUGUUUAUAAAAUGUAGGUUUAAAAAAAUUAAGUAGGUAGUAUGUAUGUAAGUUGGCAGGUAUAUCUAGUCACCAUUAAGUAUUAACCAUCAAUAAAUUAAACAUAUGUAUAAACAUAAGGUAAGAAAAAGUAAUUUCCCCCAAAAUAAUUCAUAUAUUCUCUUUUCUCGUACUUCUUUAUAAGGUCAUAAAUCAUAAUAAUUUAUUAUCCACGCUCGAUCUUUUGACUGGAUUCUAUUUAGAGUAUAAAGUAAUCAACGAAGUAGUAAAUCAUUUCAGAAAUAUUGUCUUUGUAAGUUACUGUAAUAUUUAUUAUUUUUCAUUUGGAGCAAGACUUUUUCAACCAAUAAUGGAAUAUCAUGAUUAUUUUUACACUCAGCUUUUUCGGAAACCCUGUGAAAAAAAAUAAUAGACUUAUAAUAAACCCAGAUAAUAUAAAAUUUUCCCACACUUAUUCAAUUAUAAAUUUUCAUUAAUAAAAUACAUUCAUCGCUCCGCUCAGAAUCUAAAAAUUGGAAAAAAAAUUAGUUACAAAAAUUGCACUUCUGUGAAAAUUAAUUUUCUAAAUGUGAAUAUAUUAUUUAAUUUUCUGCAUUUCUGUAACAUUAUUAUACAACUUAAUAAUUAUAAAAAAAAAUGUUAGCUAUUUCAUCUCAAUAUUAUCAGACUUCAUCAUUUUAUUUAAAUUCGUUUAACUUUGUUAUUAUAUACACAGUAAAGACCUAAAAUAUAUAAACUUGAAUAUAAUUAAUAUUUUGUAAAAUUGUAUACAUUUUGUUUGUAAAAAAAAAUAUUUUUUAUAAAAGUAUGAACAUUUUUUUUUACAAUUAUUAUUUAAUUGUCUGUUUAAAAAUGAUUUAAGUGAAAUAUUAACAUUUAUAACUAAUUAUCAAAAAUAUAAGCAUUUUCAUACUUUAUAAAUAGGUAAUAAAAUACACAAUAAAUAAUAAUAAUAAUUUAAUAUUUAUAAGUUAUAUAUCUAUUUAUUAUUUCGUUAAUUUUUUUUUUUUAAGUUUGUUUAUAGGUACUAUUAUUGUUAUUAUUUAUUAAUACCAAGAAUUUAUACUGCAACCGAAAUAUGUAUUUUUUUUUAAACAGGUGGUGAUUGAAUUUUAGAAACUUAAUAACUAUGGGUGGUAAGUACCCAUAAGCGCAACUAGAGGGGGGCUUAGGCUUAGCCCCCCCCCCCCCAAAAAAACUUGUUAUAGCCCCCUCAAAAUAAAUUAUUCAAUUCUUUCCUAAAAUAUUGACAAAUCUUUAAAAAUUAAACUGUAUUUCUUAUUUUUUUUUUUGGAAAAAAAUGUAAUUAUUUAAAUUUUUAUUUAAACUUUUUUUUUAUAUUACCUAUGAUAAAUAUGGUAAAUAUCAUAAGCUGUAUACUUGUAUUCGUUUUAAGGAAACAAUUUAUUUCGGUAUGAUAUAAAUUAUUUUGUAUUUUAUAAGAUUAUUACACAUAAUUUUACAGUACCUAUGGUCAAUACCUAUGCACUGAACUAUAACAUAUAGAUAGGUAAUAGGCAUAAACCUUAUACUUAGUAUAAGGUUUAUGGUAAUAGCGGAAUAAAAAUCCCCUGAAAAAAACCCCGACCCUAGGAAUUUGGUAUACUUUUUAGGUAUAAUUUUCAUUAAAAAAAUUAAUAUAUAAUAAAUAAUAUUCAAAAAUUAACAAUAAUAUUGUUUUGUUUUAUAUCACGAUGCCAAAAAACAUAUGUUAAUAGUUCUUUCAAAAGAUUACUGAUUAGGUACCUACAUUCAUUAACUAUUUGUUUAAUAAUUACUUAUUUUAUUGGAUGUAUCGAUCAUUUGAAAAUUUGAAAUAUUUUUAUUUUAUAAUCCUUUAAAUAUUGCAUCUACCUAAUUAAGUAAAACUUGUAAAAUCUACUUAAAAUAAUAAUUAUAAUUAUUUUUCAUAUCGUUAAAAUAUUAUAGUUAAUGUUCGAAAAUUAUAAUAUAAAUAUUAAAAAAUAAGGCAUAAUUAAAUACUUGAGUAUAUAAAUAAUCGAUUUUGUUAUAUUUUUAAGUGAAAAGAUAUGAGGGUGCGGAGGCAUCGCCCCCAAGGAUUACUUUGCAUGUUAUGUCAGGUGGGGGCUACAGCCCCCUCCCCCAACACUUCAGCCCUAGUUGCGCCACUGUAAGUACGAGUACCUAUCAGUACAAUAAAAAUUUAAAUAGAAAAAAACUAGCCAGCACAAAUGAGUUUUUAUGAAUAAAUAUGAUUGUUAAACGUAUUAUACAAUAUUAUAUUGUACCUAUAUUUAAAUUUAAAUUCAUGAGUAAAUAGCUUACUGAAAUUUCAAAUAUAGUCGUACUCAUAUCUAAUAGAUAAAAUCUAUCUCUAUUGAAUUCUGAAACAGUUUAAUAAAGGAACUGUAUUAUCAUAUACAAUAUAAAUAUAUUAUAAUUAGACUCUAUAGUUAUUUAAAUAUAAGAAUAUCUCAGUAAACUUAAGAACAUUAAGUUUAAAAAAGUUAUAAUUAUAAUUUGUAAGUAGUUUUUACGAAAUAAUUAAGCAGCCAGUGACCCGGCUGCAGAGGCCUAUAUUUUCAAUAAAAAAAAACAAUUAACAAAUACAAUAUUAUAAAUAAUUUAUUAACUCUCGUCUACUUAAUGUAUGUGUUUAUAAUAUUAUGAUUAUUAUUAUUAUUAUUAUUAUUAUUAUUAUUAUUAUUAUUAUUUAUAUAAUAAACCGAAUUCAUGUGUAUAGUUAUAAAAUAUUAACUUUAAAUAUAACUACUACCUACGUGUCCUAUAUAAUGUUUAAAUAAAGUGUAUUAUUUCAUGUUUGUAUCAUCUAACUUAAUUUUGUAUCUUUUUAUUUAUUUAAUGAAGGUUGUUGAUCAAUGUAAUAAAAAUACUUGAUUAUUUCUUAACUAUUAAAACUUAUGUUAUUAUUCAUUACGCAUGUACUUGUGUACUUAUAAUCUAUACCUACAUUGUUGAACAAUAUAUUAAUUAAAUACUGAAUCGAUAAAUAAAAAAAAAAUACAUUUACAUUUCCUUUUUAGUUAUCAAUUAUUAUCAACAAACAAAAAAAUCAAUGUUAUAGGCCGAUUAUUUUAAUAGUAAAAACUUAAUUCAUUAAUUGUGUAUUACGUUUUCAAAUACUUUAUUGGAAAAUUUAAAAUACAAGAUGAUAAUCCAAUAUUUUAUACUGCUUGUAAUUUUUUAUGAUCCAUUUGUUUUUUGUUUUUAUUUUUUUUUUGAUAAACCCAUUACGAAUUUUUUUAUUUAGAAGUGGCAGCCUAUAUUUUUAAUUUUAUAAUUUUAAGUGAAAUAUAUUUUUUAAAUAUGUUGACCCAUAAAAAACAUUAAAUUACAAAUGGUAUUCGUUAAGUAAUAGUUUAGAUGCCGCAAUGAUGCGAAUAGAGCGUCGUGCAUUUCACAAAUUAGGUACGUAUUUCACUCCACAAAUUAUUUUAUAAACUUUAAAUGCUUAUAAUUUAUUAAUGUUGUUAAAAAUAUUCAACUUAAAAUCGUGAAAUAAAAAAUGUACGUUGCCAUUUAAAUAUUAAAAGUUGAAGUUAUAUUAUUAAGUUUUUUUUAUAUAAAUAUCAUAAAAAUGUUAAUAAUGAUAUUUAGAUCAAUAUAUAGUGUAAAUACUAAAUAUGUAUAGUAUAUACAAAUACUAAAUACAAAUAUCUAUAGUAUGUGUAAUUGUAAUGUUUAUUUGUUUUAAUAAUGUAUAAUUAUAAUCUUCAAACAAAAUAAAUUUAUG